AUGUUUAUGCCAUAUUAUUCAAAAAAAGUUCAAGAGGAUAAGUUGAAUGAAAUAUAGGUGAAGUAUAUUGAAGUCAUAAAAUUCAAGAGAAUUUAGCUUAUAAUUAUAAAAUUUUGGCUGAAAAUAUUUCUGAUAUGCAAGAUAUUAUUAAUCAGUUAAUUUAAAAGGUAGUUUUUGAAAUAAGAGAAAGAAUGAAGAUUUAGAUUUUGAUAUUGAUUUCAUAUAGUAAUUGGAUCAGAUAGUAAAUUUCAAAUCAUAUUGCAAGAAGGAUGCAUUAAAAGAAUUAGAAGAUUCAAAUAUAUAUGAUUUAAUAUGA